AUGGCCUUCCAAAGGGCCAGUAGAGUUGGGGCCAAACGGAUCUUCCGGGGAGGCUGUUCCUACGGCUGGGAUCAUUCAGUCCACAAAAGGAAGCGGCUUCCCCCAGUGAAGAGGUCGUUGGUGUGCUACCUGAAAGGAAGAGAGGUGCGGCUGCCAAAUGAGUCCAGCUAUCAUCGCUUGUUGCAUGCGUAUGCAGCUCAACAGUUGCCCAGUUUGUUGAAAGAAAGAGAAUUUCAUCUUGGAACUCUUAAUAAGGUGUUUGCAUCUCAGUGGUUGAAUCACCGGCAAGUGGUGUGUGGAACAAAAUGCAAUACAUUGUUUGUAGUUGAUGUCCAAACUGGUCAGAUUACCAAGAUUCCCAUUCUGAAGGAUCGGGAACCUCACAUGGUAAACCAGCAGGGCUGUGGGAUUCAUGCGAUCGAGCUCAACCCUUCAAGGACUCUCUUGGCUACUGGAGGUGAUAACCCAAACAGCCUUGCAAUUUAUCGCCUGCCUACCCUCGAUCCUGUCUGUGUGGGAGAUGAUGGGCACAAAGAUUGGAUAUUUUCUAUUGCAUGGAUCAGUGAUACAAUGGCUGUUUCUGGUUCCCGAGAUGGUUCGAUGGGACUCUGGGAAGUGACAGAUGAAGUCCUGGCCAAGAGUGACGCACGACGCAACUUGUCGCAAGUCCCUGUCUAUGCACACAUAACCCACAGGGCUCUGAAGGACAUUCCCAAGGAGAAUACCAACCCAGCAAACUGCAAGGUCCGGGCCCUUGCUUUCAACAACAAGAACAAGGAACUGGGAGCUGUUUCUCUGGAUGGAUAUUUCCACCUCUGGAAAGCAGAAUACAUGCUGUCAAAGCUGCUGUCAACAAAGUUACCAUACUGUCGGGAAAACGUGUGUCUGGCCUAUGGUCAGGAAUGGUCUGUGUAUGCAGUUGGAUCUCAGGCACAUGUCUCUUUUCUGGAUCCGAGACAGCCUUCCCACAAAGUUAAGUCUGUCUGUUCCAGAGAGCGAGGAAGUGGUAUUCGCUCAGUGAGCUUCUAUGAACACAUUAUCACGGUGGGGACAGGACAGGGCUCCUUGCUAUUUUAUGAUAUCCGAGCCCAGAGGUUCUUGGAUGAGAAACCACCGCACAAUUGCUAUGGAUCAAAAUUGGGAGGAAGUGAAAUUCUCAAACUGUCAACUGGCAGAGGUUGGCUGAAUCAUGACGAAACCUGGAGAAAUUACUUUUCAGACAUCAGCUUCUUCCCAAAUGCCGUUUACACUCACUGCUAUGACUCGUCCGGCACGAAGCUUUUUGUGGCAGGAGGUCCCCUUCCGUCUGGACUCCACGGGAAUUAUGCUGGCCUCUGGAGCUAAUAACGCUUUCCAAAAAGCCUCUCAAGUGUGACUUUUUUUUCCUCACCCUCAUUUUCUUUCCUUUUUUAAAACAAAGGAUUUGUGUGGUGACAUUCCUGUCUUCUGGUUUUGAUGCAACUUGGGGUUAAACUAUUUUUUUUAGGAGGGGAACAGUGUAUCCUGUUGGUCUCCCAGCAGUUUUUGUACAUUUUUAAACUGUUUUUGUUUAUCUGCUUUGAUCUUUAUACAGUAGAGUGGGUGUUUGCACCCUUUUUAUUGCAUUUCCUAAAAUGGCUGAGUCUUUGCCCCGAGCUUAGGCUAACCAACCAUACGUCUCACUUCCUUCUCUUACUUCGCUGUGAGGUAGGAAUCCUUGAUUAGAUCGGCUGCUGCCGAGCUUUCUGUGAAAGCCCAGGGGCUGUGUGUGUGUGCGUGUGUGUGUACAUGUACGUGCAGGUACUUUGUCAGUCGCAUUUCCUGGAAUAAAAACAAUGUGUAAUUAAAAAUUAAAAAGUAUUUAUAUGA